GCCUCGAAUUCGUACAAUUCACUCCGUGUAUGUCCAUGUGCAUGUCCAUGUCCAUGUCCAUGUGCAUGUAUCUAUAGCAAAGUAGCCUUCAUGUACCCCUGACUGACACAGUCACUCGCUGCAUGCAUGGUUAAUGCUCUCGUGUAUCUGCCUGCCUGCCGCCCUCUCACGAAAUGUCCCCCCCGCCCCCUCUGCUUGACAUGACCACUCCCUCCCGCGUCAUGUCAUGUCAUGUAGGUGGCGAGUAGAACAGAUACUCCGGCUCCUGCUGCCCUUUCCCCUUCGUCUUUUUCUUUUUCUUCCCCUCCUCCAUGGGGGGCUUCUUCCGCACGGUGCGGAACUCGGUUUUGUCCGGGUUGUCCCUCAGUGUGGUGCGAUAGACGUACCCCUGCUGCUGCGUCUCCUCGUCCUUCUCGGCAUACACCGCCCCGCCGCCCACCUUGAUGAUCGGGUGGGCGUUCUUCAUCUCCUGCGGCACCGGGGCGUUGGCAAUGCCGGGCUCCAGGUCCUCCGGCUCCAUCGCCCGCCGCAGCUCGCGGACGUGCUGGCAGAGGGUGCACUGCCAGCAGCAGCAGCUGUUGAACAUGUCCUGCGCCUCCCAAUACUCAUACCUAAAGGCCCCACGGCCGCCACACACAUCAUGUGUUCGAUCUCCCUCUCUCUCUCUCUCCCCGAAUUUAAUGUGCUCACAAUGCACCGCAUGGCUUACCCUACCCGAGGUGUUCUCUGAUGGUUUGGCGGACGUUGUAAGUGGCGAAUGCGGCGACGAGUGGGAGGGAUGCCUCGACACAGUCCCAGGUGAGGCAGGGGCGUGCAUCGAUGUCGGCCUUGGUCCAGGCCUGCAGCAGGCAGGGGCAGCAGCAGCCACACAGACAGCUGCGGGUGUCACGGUGGCAGUAACACAGAGGCUCCCUGAAAUUAGAUACGUGGAACAUCGACUCGGAGAC